GGAGCGGAGCGUCGUUCCAUUUCCCCUGCCUUGCCCUCCCUUCGCCUCCACUCCACCUCUCUGCCUCUGCGUCGACCAUUUCUCCCAGCCCCGAGCGCCCCACCCUCGCCUCGCCGCUGGCCUCGCGUCCCCGAUGGCGGCGACGGCGGCGGUGGCGAUCCACCAGUUCGCCGAGUGCAUCACCUGCCACGCCUGGAGCCCCGACCAAUCGAUGAUUGCCUUUUGUCCAAACAACAAUGAAGUGCAUAUUUAUAAGUUUUUCACAGACAAGUGGGAGAAACUUCAUGUUCUGUCAAAGCAUGAUCAAAUAAUUUCGGGAAUAGAUUGGAGUAGAUCAUCCAACAAAAUUGUAACAGUUUCACAUGAUAGAAAUUCAUAUGUUUGGACACAAGAAGGAUCUGAUUGGGUACCUACCCUUGUUAUUCUAAAAUUAAACCGUGCAGCUUUAUGUGUUCAAUGGAGCCCGAAAGAAAACAAGUUUGCUGUGGGAAGUGGUGCCAAAUCUGUGUGUAUUUGCUACUAUGAACAGGAAAACAACUGGUGGAUUAGCAAGGUUAUCAGGAAAAGGCAUGAAUCUUCUGUCACUAGUCUCGCAUGGCAUCCAAACAAUAUAUAUCUUGCAACAACGUCUACUGAUGGUAAAUGCAGAGUAUUCUCUACUUUUAUCAAGGGUGUGGAUACAAGGGGAUCGCAAUCAAGCACUGCAACUGAUUCAAAAUUUGGAGAGCAAAUUGCUCAACUUGAUUUAUCAUCUACCUGGGUAUUUGGUGUAAGGUGGUCAGCAAGUGGAAAAACAUUGGCAUAUGCAGGGCACAACUCCAUGAUUUAUUUCGUUGAUGAAGUUGAAUCGGCUCCUGCUGCACAAAAUUUGGCGCUGCGUGAUCUGCCUCUCCGUGAUGUUCUUUUUGUCUCUGAGCGCAUGGUGAUUGGAGUCGGAUUUGACUGCAAUCCUAUGAUCUUUGCUGCUGACGAGACUGGACUUUGGAGUUUUGUAAGAUUCUUGGAUGAGAGGAAAGCUAUUCCAUCAACUUCUAAAGCCUCACAGCUCUCUGAAGCCCUUGGAAAGCUAUAUGGCCAAUCAAAGCAAGGGACUAGUAGUGACUCCGUUGAACCAUCAAAGCCUCGUGGUGGUGCCCAUGAGAAUUGCAUAACGUGCAUCGUACCGUUGACAAAAGGACGUGAUGGUACUAUAAAACGGUUCAGCACGUCAGGAUUGGAUGGUAAGAUUGUGGUAUGGGAUUUGGAAAACCAUAUCACAAUUGCAAAAUAGCUCAAAGGAAGGUUUCAUAUCGAUCAAAUUGAAUGAACUUCUGCCGUUACCCAUCGUAAUCAUGGACCUUUCUCGGCAGCGGGUCCUGCAGGUUUUCAAGAUCCAGGGCCAGCCAGGUAGAUUGCUUAUUUUGUUGUACCUGUACACAAAAACGUUUCUUUAGCGUAGGAGCAGCUUGCAUCUAUCAAGUAGCAUCAUUUUUGGCGAGUAAUUUUGUCUUUUGAAUCCCAUAUAUUGUGUAACCUGUAUAAUUCUAGCUAGGUAGGCAAUGACUUGAUUCGGCAUUUUCCAGUGUUCUUUCAGCGCCUGUGUAAAAUAACCACACGUGGAAUUUAUCCGCGGAUGCUUUUACUGGUACUUGUGGACA